UAGGGAAAUAAUUACGAAAGUGAAAUAGUCAUAGAAAUGUAAAAUGUAUAAAUUCAUCGAGAAUUGCACUUUUCUGUUUAGAAGUUGUUGAUCUGUUUUCUUCUUCUAACUUUCUUAUAGUUUUCAUCAAGUAUAUCAAUAAAUCAAAUCAAUAAUUUCCAAUAAUGACUAUUGAAUCAUCAACUUCCACUCCAGCAGUUUCAGUCUGCAACAAAGAUAUUGGUAGCUUACCAGCUGCAUUCCCAUUUUUAUCUGCCAACAUUUUAGAAUUAUUUUUAUUAACUGGUAAACAUGCGGUUGUUACAGGAGGUGCUAGAGGUAUUGGUUACGUUAUUUCAGAAGCAUAUUUACAAGCCGGAGUUUCCAAAUUAGCUAUUAUUGAUUAUUCUAGAAAUGAUGAAGGUAUCAGUAAAUUAAGAGCAGAAUUCCCAAAGGCUACUAUUUCAUACUACGACUGUGAUGUUAGAAGUGCUGAACAAGUUCAAAAAGUUAUUGAAACUAUUCAUGAAGAAUUUAAAACCAUUGAAAUAUUUGUGGCUAAUGCUGGUAUUGCAUGGACUUCUGGUGCAUUAAUCGAACAACCAGAUGAUGCUGAAUGGAACAAUGUUAUUAAUGUUGAUUUAAAUGGUGUUUACCACUGUGCUAAAAAUAUCGGAAAGAUUUUUAAACAACAAGGUAAGGGUUCUUUAAUAAUGACUGCAUCAAUGUCCGCACAUAUUGUCAAUGUUCCACAAUUACAAGCCGCUUAUAAUGUUGCUAAAGCUGGUGUAUUGCAUUUAGGUAAAUCCUUAGCUGUUGAAUGGGCUCCUUUUGCUAGAGUUAAUACAAUUUCUCCUGGUUACAUAGCUACUGAAUUAUCAGAUUUUGUUCCUGAUGACAUCAAGAACAUUUGGUAUUCAUUAACUCCAAAAGGUAGACAAGGUCAUCCAAGAGAAUUAUGUGGUGCUUAUGUAUAUUUUGCUUCUGAUGCUUCUACUUAUACUACUGGAUCUGAUUUAAGAGUUGAUGGUGGGUACUGUUCAGUUUAAGAAAAAUAUUGAUAAGAAGCCAGAACAGAAAGGAAUUAUGCAUAGUUUAGUGUUUUGUUUAUAUAGAUAUGAUUACUAACGCUAUAUAACAAUUGGUUAGGUUAUAUAGUAAUACAUUUAAUAAAUGUUUAAUGCUAAUAGAUAAAACCCCGGACUGAUCUCGGUAAACUUCGGAGUAGGUAUCACGUGCUACAGUCCACGCGCUCAUACUGUUAGGUCUCGCCCAAUGGAAACUGACCACUUAUAUUGCAGCUUUAGUAAUUCUAACGUUACACAAAAAGCCAGUUCACUAUUUGCAAUCCUACUUAUUACCCCCUUUUACCAUUGAAUUAACAAUAAUUUGAUAAUCAAUAGGUUCAUAAAGUUACUACUAAAUACAUCAAAU